AGGCUUCUACAUCUUUUUUUGAUGGUGAUGAGACAUGAUUGGUGCAAUUCUGUUCACAACACUCGCGAUCAUCCUGUGGAUGGUGUACGCCUACAAAUCGUGUUUGAACUGGCGAACUGCGGCGAAUUUGCCUCCGGGGCCGCCCGGAAGUCGGGCAUUCGUGGGCCACUAUUUCCUGUUCAAUUCGACUGCCCAAGUGCCCGUGAAGAAGCUUGCGGCAUUCGCUGCUGACUUGGGAUCCGUUUUCACGCUCAAGAUGGGUUUUAGGAACCUGGUUGUGGUGAACGAUUUCAAUUCUGCCGUGUUGGUCUGCAAGGGCCAUGAUUUCCAUGACAAGCCCUUCUCGAUGCUCAAGUUCCUGCACAGGAACCGAGGAAUGGUGAAUGCAGAAGGUGAUACCUGGUACACAAACAAGAAAUUUUGCGCAAAAACGCUAAAGGAGCAAGGCUUUGGUGGACGUUACUCCGAACAAAUCUGUUCUUUAGAAGCCAAGGACUAUCUAGAACAUUUGAAGACGUGUUGUAACAAGCCGUACGAUUUCACCCGUGAUCUUUACGAAGCAGUCUCAAACGUCGUUGGAACAUUCCUGAUUGGACCGAUUUACAAGGCCAAAAAUCUGAAGGCGAAUGUGCCGGAGCUCGGACAAAUUUUGGCAGUUUUCAACCAGGCUGAUCCAAGGGGAGCAGCUCCUGAACUACAGCUAUUGAGCUUAUUGUCAGCAAGCACAAGGCUGCCCAAGCUGCUGAUGGCAUACAUCAAGCUCAAGACUUUUGUCAAUCAGUUGAUUGAAGAAGCCCGGGCUGCCAGGAAAGAUGGAGAAGAUGCUUGUGGGGUUCUCGGGGCUUACAUUGGCGAAAAAGAAAGGAUAAUGAAAUCCAGACCGAAUUCUGCGAAUUUCUUCAACUGUUGCAAAAUGUUCUGCCAGGAUGCGAGCAAGGAAGAUCCAGUGCACAAUGGCAGCACGGAGGACUCGGUUCUGGCAGAUGAGAAUCAGAUGAAAACGGUGGCAUCAGACAUUCUGAUUGGCGGUGUGGACACUAUGACGUCAGCCCUCAGCUGGAUCAUUUACUCUCUUUGCAAAUACCCUGAAAUGCAAAAGCGGAUUGCGAAUGAAGUUGAGGCUGAAAUUGGUUCAAAAAUUCAGCCAAGUUUCAGCGACAGAAACAGCAUGAAUUUCACAAGAGCUUUCUUAUAUGAAGUUGCAAGAAUGUAUCCAGCCAUUGCUGCUCAAACUGUUUGCAGCAACAAGUCGGAUCACGAUUUUUGUUUCUCAGAUGGAAUUAGUAUACCCAAGGGUACACCAGUGUACAUCAACAUUUGGGCAGCACUGCGAGAUCCACAAAUGUGGAAAGAUCCAAAUGUUUUCCAUCCGGAACGUUUUCUUGACUCAGAAAUGAAAUUCAAGAAACCUGGACAUCCCUACAACCCUUUUGGAUUUGGAAAACGGAUGUGUCUCGGAGAACCGCUGGUCAUGCAGAUGAUGUUCAUUUUCACGACCUCUCUCUUGCAAGAAUUCAAAGUGUCGUUCGCCGACGAUAAUGACACCCCUGCUUUGCAACCAGACGACGAGGAGGGAGAGAUGGGCGUUAGUUAUUUCCCACGUCCGUUUCACAUUGUCUUGUGCAAACAUCCCACGAUCUGACAAAAACCAGGGGAUAUGUCGUGGACAGACGACAACCUCAAAUGGCCAGUGCGGACGCUGCAAGAUUCAUCAUAAAAAGAAAAGGCUCUCAAGGUUGCAAAUAACAAUGGGAACUGAGCUGUGACUCCAAGGACGAAAAAAUUUGAUCGAGAGAGAAGUUGUUCACGUUCAAGUAGCUCUAAUACACUGUACUAAUAUUUGAAUAUUAUUCUUGAAUAUUUUUUGAUGGCAUCGC